AUGCCCGAAAAGACCCAAAUCGCAGCCACUGUGAUGAUCCGUGUCUAUACCGAGCUUGGUCACAUACAAGAAGCAAGGUCUAUUUUUGAGAAUUUGCCACGGCGAGAUCCAGUAUCCUGGACUUGCUUGCUUCAAGCAUAUGCCACACAGGGGCAUCCAGUGCUGGCAAAACUCCUUUUUGACAAGAUGCCCGAGUGGGAUGUGGUGUCAUCCACGGCCGCGAUGGGCGCUUGCGUACACUGUGGCUUUUUGGGUGACGUAAAAGUUAUGUUUGAUCGUAUGUCAAGACGCAAUGUAGUCACUUGGACGACACUUAUUUCAGCAAAUGCCUCUAUUGGGCAUUUUCUGUAUUUUGCGAGAGAAGCGUUUGAUCGAAUGCCUGAGAGGAACAUCGUCACCUGGAACGCGAUGAUCGCCGGCUAUGGUGAAGCCGGUGAAGUGGCCGAGUCGUGGGGGCUCUUCGACUCCAUGGCCGAGCAGAACGUUGUCUCCUGGAAUACGAUGAUGGGCACUUAUGCCCAGCACGGGCAUCCACUGCGCGCUUGGCAGCUCUUCGAUGGAAUGCCGCAGCGCAACGUCGUCUCCUGGAAUGGAUUGAUCUCCGCGCUCGGAAUCACCGAUCUGGAGCUCAUGGACCAGGCGUUUGAUCGAAUGCCCCACACGGAUUCCAUCUCGUGGAACACGGUGAUGACCGUGCACGCCCAAUCCGGGGACCUGGAGCGCGCCAAGGCGCUGUUUGAUCGAUCGCCCAGGAGAGAUCUCGUGUCCUGGAACGGAAUGAUCGCGGCGUACGCGCAGCACAGCCAGAUGGAUCGAGCGAGAGUGGUGUUUGACAUGAUGGGCGAUCGAAACACCACGUCCUGGAACACCAUGGCCGAGGGCUACUGCCGGAGUGGAUGUGUUCCGGAGGCGUGCUCGAUCUUCCACGGCAGCCCACAGCGCGAUCUCCUCUCCUGGACCGCGAUGAUGGUGGCGUUCGCGGAGAAUGGGAUCGUCGACGGCGUCAAGAGCCUCUUCGACCGGAUCCCGCACAGGGACGCGGUGUGCUGCACGGCGAUGCUGGACGCGCUGGCGGCGCAGGGGUGCGUGAUCGAGGCGGAGGAGGUGUUUGCCUCGAUGCGCGAGAGGGAUGGAGCGGCUUGGAACGCGAUGAUCCAGGCCAAUGUCGUCAACGCGCGCCUGGAUCAAGCCAAGGAGCUCUUCGAUCAGAUGGACCACCGGUGCCGGAUCUCCUGGGACACGCUGCUUCAGGGGCUUGUGGCCGAUCGAUCCGUGGAGUGCGCCAAGGAUCUGUACGAUCGGAUGUCCCAGCACGGGGUCUCAUCGUGGACGUCGAUGAUUCAAGCAUUUGCCCAAAGAGGGCAUUUCGAGAAAGCCAAGGAUAUCUUCACUCAUAUGCCACGGAGGGAUGUCAUUGUGUGGACGGCUUUGCUCGCCGCGUUCUCGCAGGAGGGAAAAUUGCAGUUUGCUACAGAGGUUUUUGAGCGAAUUCCACAGGCAAAUCUCGUCUCUUGGGCUGCAAUCGUUGCAGCAAAUGCCCAAAACGGGGAUAUUGGACACGCGAAAGAGCUGCUUGAUUGCAUGCCCGAAAGCACUGUCUCCGCCUGCAACAUCCUUAUCGGUUCAUACGCGCAGCACGGCAGGUUGGCGGAGGCGAAAGCCCUCUUCGACUCAAUGCAGGAAAGAGAUACUGUCUCUUGGACCGCGCUCGCAACAGCAAAUGCCCACGCGGGGCAUCAUGCCGCUGUCCAGCUGCUCUUCGCAUCGAUGCUGCUCGACGGGAUCAAGCCGGACGAGCUGACGUUCCUGUGCCUGCUCUCGUCGGUGGCCUACACGGGCAUCGUAGACGAGGUCCGUGAGAGGUUCAUGGCAAUGGUGGUGGACAAUUUCGUGGAGCCGACGCUGCAGCACUACUGCUGCCUCAUCGCAGCGCUGGCGAGGGCGGGGAGGCUGUGCGAUGCCGAGGAGCUCAUUCACUCGAUGCCGUUCAUGCCCGAGCAAGUGGCGUGGAUGACACUCUUGUCAGCGUCAAGAAACGACACUGAUUUGGUGCGUGGGAGUCACGCAGCGCAGCAUGUCAUGAGGAUCAAACCGCAAGACUCCGCAUCGUAUGUGUUGCUCUUCAACCUCUACAGUCAUGGUCUAGCAAGCUCUGAAAAUGUAGUAAAAGAGCGAAUGAAAUAG